AGAAAUUCAAAGUUAUAAGUAACGAACGAGUCACAAAAGAAACAAGUGCGUUUAAAUGUUGUGAUUUUUUUAUUAACGAACGAUUUACGAUAUUAAGCCUAAAAUGAAGUUAUCUAUUAUAUUACUUAUUGCGGGCCUUUGUGUAGUAAGCGCUAAAUACUUACCAGAGGAAUGGGAAAAUUCGGACCAGUCUUUAAGUCGCUUUAAGAGAUUCGAUUUAGCGGAUUCUGAUACAUCAUCCGAAGACGAUGACGAAAACGAUUCAAAAAAUGAUGACAGUGACAACUCAACGGAUGAAACUGAUGUAAAGGAACAAUCUAAACGUGUUGCUAAUCUUGAAAGGAUGCGACAAAAACUAUUGGAGAAACAAGAAAAAGAGAGAUUAAAGCAAGAAGAAGCUCAGCGUAAAAUUGAAGAGAAAAUAGCUAAAGAAUUGCAGAAAGAAGAAGAGAAGCGACAGAAGGAACAACGUAAAUGGGAAGAAAAACUGGAAAAGGAAAGGAGGAAAUUAGAAGAGGAACAAAGAAAAAUUCAAGAAAAAAUAGAGGAAAAUGAACGUAAACGACAAGAAAAGAUCCAAAAAGAGAUCAAGGAACUAGAAGAAAAUGAACAGGAAAGGCAAGAAAAUAACAGCAAUACGUCAAAUAAUGAUGACUCGGAUGUUGAUUCAAUAGAAUUAGAAGAUAUUUGGAAAAUACACAUUUAUUCCAAAUAUGGUAUAACUGAGGAUAAUACCAAUGUUGAGAAGAGAGCGGCAUUAAGAAAGUAUAUGCAAGAACAACUGGGGCUUAAUGCCAAUAGUACCCAAAGCGAACGCCGUCAAGCAGUACUUCAAUUUAUACAAUCUGAAUUACAGAAAGUACCAAAUAUUAACACCUUGAGAAGUCAAUUUAUCGACUACAUAAAUUAUGUGGGUGUGGAAAAGAUUCGGACAAAAUUGGAAGGAGAUAUUGAAAAAUUAAAGAAUAAGACGGAAACACUUAAUAAUGUUAACUUCACUUGGGUUCCGAUUGCCAAACAAAAUCUUGAAGAACAGGUUUCGUUUUUAGAGACCAUCAAACAGUUUUUGUCUAAUUUGUUACCUAACUGGUUUAAUGGGAACACAGAAAAACCACAACAAGGUGUGCCGGUGACUAACGCAGAUUCUAUAAUAUCCCCUGAUUCUGCUAUUGUAUCUCAACAAACUAAUGAUGCUAAUCCAACUGAUACUAUUAAUACAAAUAGCAAUGUAAGCCCAAGUAACACUGAAGAUAAUGUACCAAACAGUUCUCCAGUUUCUGAUAAUAAUGCUGCGUCAAUGUCAACUAGUUCAUCUGUCGUGUCAGAAUCAACUUUAGUAGAUUCAGAAAAUCCCAAAUCUUCAGUUAUUGAUGAAUCAAAUCUUGUAAAUCAAUUAGGUACCGUUAGUGAAAAUUCUCCAACACCUUUAGCCACAGAAACAAAUGGUGCUACAAUUACUGGCAAUGAAGAUUCAGCAAAUGCGCAAUUACCAUCUGAAACAGAUUCUGUCACAGUAGAAGUUACAAAAUCAGAUACAGGUGUAACAAAAGAAUCUGCGCAGACUGUUACUACGGCUACCUCAGAAGUAAGUGGGUCAUAUCUUAACGAGAAGUCCUCAACAGCAACAGAUAGCGCAAAUAAUGGAAACAACGGUGAAACUGCUGCAAUUACUCCCUCUGAAGUCAACCCAUCCGCCGCUGUUCCAUCUGCCGGUGAUAGUACAAAUCUAAACAUAGAUGAAAAUGUCGAUGUUGUGAAUAAAAAUACUAAUAGUGCCACCGAAUAUUCUAAUAAUGAAGUUACUAACACCGCGGAUGCAGUAACAACCAAUGGUGCUAUUUCAUCUUCUUCAAUACCUAGUUCUGAUGCCCUUGAAACAUCCUCGACGACAUCUAAUAAUAACAACGAAAACACAAGCCCUGCUUCCAGCAAUGCCAACGAACCAAAGUCGCCUUCGGAUACGGAUUCUAAAAUUCCAAUGAAAGAUAUUGCUUUGGAAUCAAGCUCAGCAGUAGAUGGCAGUGUUGUAUCUUCCAGUUCAUCUGCUUCUGAUAUUACAGAAUCAUCACUUACGUCAGUAGCUAGCGAUUUUAUCGACCCAUCUGUCAAUAUAUUAGAAGUUUCAAGUACUACUUCUGAAGUAUCUAAAAAUGUUAACAGCGAUAGCAUGCAAAACAUACCGACAAACAUUAGUACAGACACUUCCAACAAUGAAGCAAGUGAAAAUCCUUUAACAGUAAAUGAAAACCAAACUCAAGUGAUAACAGAAGCCAUUGAAGUAAUAACUCCAGCGACUACUGUCAACGAAUCUUCUAAUGUUGUCAAUCAAGAACAAACAAAUCCUGAAAGUAGCAACUCAGAACAACAACUAAUAAAUGAAAUGACUACUGCUGUUACAGAACAAAUUUUAACAGCCGAAACAAAACUGCAAGAUACAUCUUUAGCGAACGACUUAAAAACUGAUUCGGUAACGCAGGAAACGCCAAUUAAUACCCCAGUCCCUGUUGAGUCUGGCGCAGCAGUUGUAGAUAUAGUACAGCAGUGAUAUAUCUUACUAUUGAAUUCUUAUAAAAUAGUUACUACUUUAGUUUAUAAAGUACUAAAAUUAACCAAUUUAAUUUCUAAGUAAUUGUUGUAAAAAUGACUAAAAUUCUGAUUAUUCUUGUCAUUAAAAUUAUUAAAUCGAAAUAAAUGUACAUAUUGUAAUA